CAAAAUUCAACAUGAAUUUUCCCCUAGAGCGUAUGCCUAUGCUAGUGCUUGAUUUGGGACUUAAAUAUAUGACAUCUAGCAUUAUUUACAAAUAUUUAAUCGAGGGCGAACGUGAUUUACAGGUGACAUUAUUUAUGGGUGACAAAACGUACGGAUGGAAAAAAAUGGUCGCGUCCAAAUGACUCUAAGUGGGACGUUGCCCUGAAGAACGACAAUACUGCAAAGUUCGUAGCCGGCACAAUCAGGUUGUGGAGCAGGAUUCGCAAUAAGCGCAAGGAAGAGCAAGCCCUCGAUUGCUUUGCGUAGGUAUCGCAGAGUGGGUUGUUAUCCAAUACCAGCGUUUGUCGAGGUUGGCUGCUGUUGGCCGGAGCGGGUGACACUUCGUGUGCACCUACUCAUCGUACUUCCUCGCUGCGACGGCGGGAGUGAUCUAGGAUCUCUUCAUGAGAAGACGCUGAGGAACAUUUACGUGGAAAACCUACAGAUGUACGAUACUGGUGUAUUGGUUCUGGGUUUACGCAUGCACGAACUCAUUGUUCAGUCGACGGAUCCGAAGUGGGCGUCUACUUGGCCUUAAUUCUAAUGAAGCAGAUCGAGGACCACUAACACAGAUCUAGUUAAAAAGAAACUAACAAGCACCCACCAUCGCAAUUGUAUUAUAUUAUUAUUAACCAAGAUCGAGCGCGAGCGGGACAGAACGCUAAGCAAGCAGAGUAGAAAAGAACAGACGGGUCUACAACGUAAGCACUUCGUCGCGCUUCUCAGCCGCAGUAGAGCCUGGUCGUGCACAGAGAAUCACAAUCAUGGGUCUCAUUUUUUCUUCUCUUUUCCAGUCCCUGUUUGGGAAAAAGGAGGUGAGAAUACUGAUCCUGGGACUUGAUAAUGCAGGCAAGACAACGAUAUUGUAUCGAUUAAAGGUGGACCAGGUAAUAAGCACCACGCCAACAAUAGGAUUCAACGUCGAAACGGUCAACUACAAAAACAUCUGUUUUCAAGUGUGGGACCUCGGCGGUCAGUCAAGCAUUCGACCCUACUGGCGAUGUUAUUUCCCAAAUACCAACGCAAUCAUUUACGUCGUCGACUCAAUUGAUCGCGAAAGGCUCCAGGUAUAGUAUUACGACACACUGAUGAUCAAGCUACUGAUACUGAUAACUACUGAUUAGGAUGACAGUCUCAACGGUUGAGCCUCUAGCUGGCAGCGUGGAAUCAGCCCAGAGCUGUUAAUACUUGAUGUUUGGUUACAACAAUUAUGACGUCAAGAACAUGAUCAUGUCUUCUGUUUCAUCAGUAAAAAACAUCAAAUAAUGCGAAUUGAAAUAUCGUUUUUAUCGAUUUUCUUUCCGCAUUAACGUCUCAGUCUUGACCCUUCAAAGCCUUUUCAUCUACUUCAUGCACUCUCUUAAUCUUUUCCAGGAUGCCAAAGAGGAGCUUUCCCUUAUGCUGGGCGAGGAGGAGCUAACUGGAGUACCACUUCUCGUUCUCGCGAAUAAGCAGGACCUUCCGAAUGCGAUGACCGCCGCGGAAGUGAGCGAGGGUCUAGGACUGACGGAAAUCCGUUCACGGCAAUGGGCAAUAUUUCAAACGAGUGCUUUGCGAGGCAGUGGGAUCAUGGAAGGCUUGGAUUGGCUUGUCAAUGUCAUCGCAGCCUCCUAGCUGUAAGUGAACAAACACUAACAUGAUAGCUGUGCUCGUUGUCACAGAAAGUGCCUAAAUCUGAGGUUUACAACGCUGGCAUCAAGAUCAACAUGAUAUCGUAACUCGACUGCUAGUUGUAAGAACUGGACUCACAGCACAGCAUCGUGCACGACAUGAACCGAGCUCAAGAUCUCGCAGAACGUGUAAAACCUGUUGGCGUGAGACGGUAGACUCGAC